CCACUGUACUGCUUUCGGCAAGGUUGCAAGGAAAGAAAGUUAGCAAGACGACGAGAGUGUGAUCAUGUUUGUUCCACUUUCUCUCCAUAUUCCGUGUCACUUUGAAGUUAAAAGGAGAUAGCUUGGCGUGCUAUCCGCGAACAGAGAGACGCGGAAGUGAUCAACAAGCAGAGAGUGUGAGUGUAAAGUGUUGUGAUUGUGUGAAAAUGUGUAAAGUCCAAAUGCUGAGAGCGUUGGUGAAUCAGCGACUAACUGUGGCUGUUGAAGAAAUAUUUGUAGUUUUGGAAAGAACGAUAGCAGAGUACGAGGAGGAACUUUCUCGAACAAAAGACGAGAAUGAGCGACAACGUCAACUACUGGACGCUAUUUUCAAGCAGCCUCGAGUUGUGUUACAGAGAACAGAUGUCAGUGCCAAACAUCUUCACCCUGAGCAGCAGAAAUGGAGAUCCAGGAUGGAGCCCCCCUACAUUAAAAAAGAAGACGAGGAGCCACAGCCCCACCACGUUAAAAAGGAAGAGGAGGAUCACAGCAUCAGUCAGGAGCGAGAGCAUCCUGAAGGACUGGAGGCGUUCCUGGUGAUUGGUGUCCCUGUGAAGAGUGAAAAUGCUGAAGUGAGUGAGUGUGAAAGUGAGGAGAAGAGAGAGGUGGAGCCUCCAAGCAGCAGCUCAACUCAACACAUGACAACAGAAACUGAUGGAGACCACUGUGGAGCAUCACAAGCAGACAACCUCUUAACUCGACUACCAGAUAGUGACGACACAACGUCACACUCUCCUGACACUGAUGAUGAAGACUCUACAGGUGAUAUGACAUGUCACACUGACAACACACACUUGAAAUGCUCUCGCUGUGGCAAAACUUUUAAAUACCAUUGUCUUCUGAAAAGACACAUGAGAUGUCACACAGGAGAGAAACCUUUCAUGUGUUCAGUAUGUGGUAAAGGUUUUGGGCUUCCUCAUCGUUUGAAAAGACACAUGAGAAUACACACUGAUGAGAAACCUUUUGUCUGUUCAAUGUGUGGUAAAGAUUUUGCACGAAAUGAACAUUUGAUAACACACAUGAGAAUACACACUGGUGAAAGACCUUUUACAUGUUCAGUCUGCAGUACAGAUUUUGUACAAAAACAAAGUUUAAAGCGACACAUGAGAAUACACACUGGUGAGAAACCUUUUGCCUGUUCAGUUUGUAGUGCUUUUUUUGGACAAAAUAAAGAUUUGAUAGUACACAUGAGAAGAAUACACGCAGAUGAGAAAGUGUUUAGUUGCAGUGUGUGUGGUGAAGGAUUCUCUUAUAAGUACCAGGUUAACAAUCACAAGUGUGCUGGUGAGAAGCAGCAAUAAAUGAAGCUGCAGGACUUGAAAUAAACUGUCAAGACUUUGAUAACUAUGACUUUCUAACUGCAUUACCACAUAUAAGGUGUGACAUUGCUGUGUGUGUAAUCUUGUUGAGAUGCUUCUACCAUUUAAAUGUAUGUGUACUGGGGGUGUACCUGUUCGUGUUUGAUUUGGGUAUUGAUCAUUAUUAUUUGAUUUUGUUUGUGAUUGUUAUGCAAGCUCUUUACGUACACAUUCGUCAUAAUUACUGUCAAGGAAUAUAUGUGGGAAAAAAUAAAA